GCCGCGGGAGCAGCUCCUGGGCUAGUUGUAUUCGGACUGUUAGCGGGCGUUGUUGUUACAAGGUCUGCCAUUUUGAUUAGAAGUACUUCGCGCAGCAGAUGGUGUAAAUUGGGCCUUCUGGAUAUUAUUGUAGUACUUUAAAUUAAGGCUACAUUCCUGCAGGAAUAAUGCUUUCUGCCGCCCAGUUACUCGACGAGUUGAUGGGUCGAGAUAGAAACUUGGCCCCUGAUGAGAAGCGGUCUAACGUACGCUGGGACGACGAGAGCGUCUGUCGGUACUAUUUGUGUGGCUUCUGCCCUGCUGAGUUAUUCACAAACACCCGCUCUGACUUGGGUCCGUGUGAGAAAAUCCAUGAUGAAAAUCUUCGAAAAAUGUAUGAGAAAAGCUCUCGCUUCAUGAAGGAAGGUUAUGAGCGAGAUUUCUUGCGCUAUCUGCAGUCACUCCUGGCAGAAGUGGAGCGGCGGAUCCGCAGAGGGCAUGCCCGGCUUGCGCUUUCCCAGGCUCAGCAGAAUGCAGGGGGCCCUGGUCCAUCAGGAAAGAAUGAGGAGAAAGUCCAGGUUCUAACAGAGAAGAUCGAAGACCUGGUUGUGCAGAUUGAGGAACUGGGCUCUGAGGGCCGAGUGGAGGAGGCCCAGGGAAUGAUGAAACUGGUGGAGCAGCUGAAGGAGGAGAGGGAACUACUCAGCUCCACCCCCUCGACCAUCGAGAGCUUUGCUGCCCAGGAGAAACAGAUGGAAGUGUGUGAGGUGUGUGGGGCCUUCCUCAUUGUGGGCGAUGCACAGUCCCGAGUGGACGACCACUUGAUGGGGAAGCAGCACAUGGGCUAUGCCAAGAUCAAAUCCACUGUAGAGGAGCUCAAGGAAAAACUGCACCGUCGCUCUGAAGACCCUCAGGGUGAAAACCCAGCCCUCAAAAGAGAACGAGAAGAGCGGGAACGGGAGAGGGAGGAAAGGGAGAAAAAGCGCAAAGAGGGGGAAGAGAAGGAGAAGGAGCGCGAAAAAGAGCGAGAGAAGGAGAGGGAACGAGAGAGAGAGCGAGAGCGUGAAAGGGAGAGAGACAGAGAAAGAGAGAGGGAGAGAGAGCGGGACAGAGAAAGAGAGAGGGACAGGGAGAGGGACAGGGACAGAGAGAGGGAUAGGAGGGCACGUCGAAGCCACUCUGGCAGCCGCCACUCCAGUCGAGCAUCGGACAGGAAACGGAGUAGAUCCCGCGAGCGCCGGAGGUCCAGGAGCAGAGACAAGGACAGGGAACGCAAACGUAGCAGGAGCCGGGACAGAGAGAGAAGACGCAGCCGUGAACGCUCCGACAGGAAACGCCGCUCCCGAAGUCGUGACAGAAGGAGAUCGCGUAGCUCAGAGCGCAAAUCUCACCGCCACCGCAGCCGUAGCCGAAGCAAGGACCGGGACAGGGAUCGGGAAAAGGAGAGAGACAGAGAGCGGUCAUCAAAAGACAAAGACCGUAAGGGUACAGAGGAGAGGAGCAGCUCUAAGAAAGACAAGCACUCAGACGGAGAUGCAGCCGCCAUCAAGGCUUCUUCAGAAGCGGAACCGAUGCAGACGGAGGCGGCUGCCUUCUCCCCUCUGCUAAACGGCCAGCAAGAGCUCCUCCAUUCUGAAGGUGACACUCAGUCCAAUUAAAACUGAUCUGAUAGGACCUCAGAUCAGGCUCAGGGGAAGCUGGAAUAUCUGGUUGAGGAAGAAGUUGAAGAGUGCACCCAUCCUUACCCUGAACCUGAUACUUCGCUGCUUAAAAACAAGGUGAACCACAAAUGUGUAAUGGCUUAUUUAAAGAAACAUGAAAAUAAAUAAAAACGCGUAAAAAUGAGGAGAAAGGACAGAUUGCAUCGAUUUUUCUUGUUCCAUUACCUGUCCAUCUUUUGGCUGGAUAAGGAUAGUUGUGGUUCAUCUGUUUAUCUGAUUUUACUGGUCAAGAUGUCAGCCAGACAGCACUUAACAAACCAAACUUAGAGAAACUCUUUAUGGAUUUUUGUUUUUUAUUUUGAAACUCUUUCCACAUCCUCCGUGUUUCUUGGCAUUUAGUGAAAAUAAAAUAAAAUGAACAGUGCUUGUGGUUUGUAUUGAUUUGUCAGGUUCUACUUCACUUCCUGACCCCCCUUCUUUUCUUUUUUUUAAAGUCAGUUGAAGCGUAUGUACAGUGUUAGACCUUUUGAGACAAGCAGUGUCUUCUUUUCUCCUCUACUUUAGAGCUCAUUUUGAUCGCUCUUGUUCCAUAACUGUAAAAUACUCUGAUUUAAUUUUGAUCAAUUUUGGAGACUUAAUUUGUUUCUUUUUUUGCCCUGCUUUUAUUGUCCAUGUUGUACCACGAUGAAUAAAAAGCAAAAUCUUGUCAA